GAGCUUCAGAAGCAAAAUUAUAUAAAAACCACCUUUCAGAAGAAUGAUUGAUCAUACCAAUAGCUAUAAGGUUGAAGUUCUUAGAGCCAUGGAGCAACCAACUAGUGUGAAAGUUCUUGAAUUUUGUUCAUUGGCACCACCACAGAAAACAACAACAACCAAUCCCACCACUCCAACAUCUUUGCCUCUCACAUUCUUUGACCUACUAUGGUUAAGAAGUCCCCCAGUUGAGCGUCUUUUCUUCUAUGAAUUCCCCAACCAAACCAUUUCAUUCUUUGACACCAUUCUUCCAAAUCUCAAACACUCUCUUUCCCUAACACUCCAACACUUUCUCCUUCUUGCUGGCACCAUCACUUGGCCCCUUGACUCACCCCACCCCAUCAUCAACUAUGUCCCUGGCAAUGUUGUUUCCCUCACCAUAGCUGAGUCCAACAAUGAUUUCAACGUGCUUUGUUCCAAUACCUGUGAUGCUUCUCUACGCAAUCCCUUGAUACCCCACUUGAACACUUCCAAUGAAGAAGCUUCUGUGAUGGCCCUCCAACUUACCCUCUUUCCAAACCAUGGCUUUUGUCUUGGAAUCUCCACACACCAUGCUGCUAUGGAUGGAAAAGCCUCAACUUUGUUUCUCAAAGCAUGGGCCUAUGCUUGCUCCAAUAAUACUAACCUCACAGAACAAUCAUUGUCAUCAUCUUUGUCAUUACCACAACAUCUCACACCCUUCUAUGAUAGGUCAAUGAUAAAAGACACAACGGGAAUUGGUGCAAUGUAUCUGAACAGUUGGUUGAACAUUGGUGGACCGAACAAUAGGAGCAUGAAGGUGUGGGAUCUUGGAGGUGCAAAUGCAGUGACAAACGAAGCCAUUAGAGGGUCGUUUGAAUUAACCCCGUCUAAUAUCCAAAAGCUUAAGCAACAUGCAAAAUCCAAGCUCAAAGAGAAUAAUGCUCAUGUGUCAACAUAUUCUGUUACGUGUGCUUAUGUGUUGCAAUGUUUGGUCAAAACAGAACAACCAAAGGCCAAUGGAGUGGCCUUUUUGUUCAGUGUGGAUUGCAGGGCUCGCUUGGAGCCACCAAUUCCUUCCACAUAUUUUGGAAACUGCAUUAUUGGCCGUAGGGUUAUGGAUGAGACAAUGAAGUUGUUGAGAGAUGAUGCUUUCAUCAAUGCUCUUGAGGGAAUAAAUGAAGCUAUGAAAAAGUUGGAGGAUGGAGUGUUGAAUGGGGCAGUGACUUUGUCUACAAUGAUGCAAAUUGCAAGGGAUAAUAGAAUACUUACCACUGCUGGGUCGCCACGGUUUGAGGUUUAUAGUAUUGAUUUUGGAUGGGGAAGGCCUAAGAAGGUGGAUAUGACUUCUAUAGGCAAAACAGGAGCAUUUGGUGUUUCUGAAAGUAGGAAUGACACGGGAGGAAUUGAGGUUAGUUUGGUGCUGAACAAACAAGAAAUGGAAACUUUCACGGCUCAUUUUACCCAAGGACUUGAAUCCUUAUGAAGUUGUUAAACUUUAGUGUUUCAGGGGAUUGGUAAGAUAAUAUUUCAUGGAAUUUACGUGUGCCAGGCAUUUCAUUUGAGAAAUAAGAAUUACUUGAUGAUUAUAUAUUUUUGAAGGACUUAGUUUUCAUAUUA